AUGGACACAAUGUCAUCCGCUGAUGAAAACCAAAAUAGAAUGGUCCCAUCAUUUUUGCCACCUGGAAACGUGAUUGGUUGGAAUCUGACGGAAUCUGUGAAUCCAAUCACGAAAAAGAAAGAAUUCACGUAUACUGUAUCUGUUCAAACCGUUGGAGCCUUUGGAAGUACUGAAACUGCGGAGGGUGUAAUGACGAAGUGUGAUGGUCCUUGUGGAAAUAGAGUUCUAUCGGCGAACUUGAUUCAAAUGGGAAAGUGUGAUCAUUUGUUGUGCAAGGCAUGCUUCGGAAUUGUUAAGAAUCCGGAUGGUUCGUACGGUUGUUCAAACUUCGAUUGCUGGUCGGAACCACAGGCAAACUUCCGCAAGGAAAAGGCCAAUUACACCAAAGUUAUCAAUAAGCAGAAGAGUCGUGCUCGCAAAUUCAAAAAAGAUGGAGAAGAUAUGAAGUCGUGCACUAAGUACGAUCUUCCUAAGACUCCUGUCGUGGAUUCAGAUUCCGAACGUAACUCGAAGAAGUCGUCUGAUUCUGAUCAAUCUUCAACUUGUUCUUUUACCAAAACAGCGGAGCUAAGCGAUUCCUAA